CACCUUUUAUUUAUUAUGUUAUGGAAAGUACAUAUAUUUUUUUGUUACAGGGUGAUUGUCGGUGCUCCCGAAGCACAGAGUGAAUUAAACACUGGAAUCGUACGAGGAGGAUCCGUAUACAAGUGCAUAACAACAAGCGAUAAUGGUUGUGAUGAAAUUAUUUUCAACGACGAAAGAAGUGAAAGAGACAAGAAGCCAAUCGAUGAUAAGGAUUUUCAAUGGUUUGGAGCGACAGUUAGCAGCGCUGGACCUGACUUGCCUAUUGUGGCGUGUGCACCUCGAUACGUGUGGUUUACCAAAAGUAGAGAGGAAAGGCGAGAUCCUGUGGGAACGUGCUAUAUUACCAAAAACAACUUUAGGGAUUCUUCCGAAUAUUCGCCAUGUCGAACAUGUAAGUAG